AUGCAUGCCGUAGGAGACCCAAAAAUGAGUUCUCCACGCUCUCCUCCCCUAGAGCCCCCAGCCCCUUCUCCAGGAAUCCCUGUUCCCCAAGGGCCCGUCCCUCCACUUCUUUCUCUGCCCCCAGACCUGCCCAAUUUAGCUUUGCUGCCCCCUGCCUCCAGUCUCCAGGCCCCUAUUCCCCCACCACCCCCAUUGCCGCCUCCACCCGCCGUUGGGGGGCCGGCUCCCCCUCAUGUCUUCGGUCUAGAGAAGAGCCAGCUCCUGAAGGAGGCUUUAGAGAAGGCCGGCCCAGUCCCCAGGAGCAGAGAUGACGUGAAGAGGCUCCUGAAACUGCAGAAGGACCGUUUCAGAAGUGACUUGCAGUGGAUCCUCUUCUGUGCCGACCUGCCCUCCCUCAUCCAGGAAGGCCCUCAGUGCGGGCUGGUGGCCUUGUGGAUGGCAGGCACGCUCCUGGCACCGCCCAGCGGCAUCCCCCUGGAGAGACUUGUGCAGAUGGCUGUGGACAGAGGCUACACAGCCCAGGGAGAGAUGUUCUCCGUGGCCAACAUGGGCAAGCUGGCCCAGGAGGCACUGGGCUGCCAGGCUGAGCUGCUCUGCAGUGGCCUGGGUGGUCCCAACAGAGACCGUGUCCUGCGGCACCUCGUCUCCGGACAUCCCUUGCUCAUCCCCUACGACGAGGACUUCAACCACGAGCCAUGUCAGAGGAAGGGCUACAAGGCCCACUGGGCAGUGAGCACAGGGGUCCUGCUGGGGACGCAGGCUGUGCCAGGCCUCGGCUAUUCUGAGGACCCCGAGCUGCCAGGUCUGUUCCACCCGGUGCCCAGCACAGCCCGCCAGCCGCCAUCCCUGCCAGAGGAAGGUUCCCCAGGAGCCGUCUACCUUCUCUCCAAGCAGGGCAAGAGUUGGCAUUACCAGCUGUGGGACUACGACCGGGUCCGGGAUAGCAACCUGCAGCUGACAGACUUCUCGCCCUCGCGGGCCGCUGAUGGCCGGGCAUACGUGGUGCCCGCUGGAGGGGUGCGGGCCGGCCUCUGUGGCCAGGCCCUGCUCCUCAGCCCGAAGGACUCCAGCUGCUAG